UUGGCCAGAAGAGCAGGUGUUUUGGUUUUUCGCUUUUCGUUCUCGUUUACUCAUAAAAUCUCUCUUUGAAUCUCGGGGCUACACGUGUUUUUCGGGUGGAAGUUGAUCUGGAUACUUCUCUCAUUGCCUUAUUCCUGUUUUGUAGCUGGUAUUACUUGAAUCACACAGACGUGUUAUAGUGCUGUGUAGUAUUUCUUAGUAUGGCCAGAUGCUGGAUCACAAUCGUGGCAAAUAUAGCAGAUGUCAACACAUCUGUCCUAGUCGACUCAUCUUUCAAGAGGAUUUGAGACCAAUUGCAGAUAAUCAAGAGAAGAUGCCUUCUGCAUCAUGUGAGACACUGCUGGAUGACAUAGAAGAUAUUGUGUCACAGGAAGAUUCAAAGCCACAGCAUCGGCAUUUUGCAAGAAAGCAGGUUGUUCCAAAGGUGCGAAAGCGAAAUACCCAGAAAUAUUUGCAAGAGGAAAACAGUCCACCAAGUGAUAGCACUAUUCCAGGCAUCCAGAAAAUUUGGAUACGAACAUGGGGUUGUUCUCAUAAUAAUUCAGAUGGAGAAUAUAUGGCUGGACAACUAGCUGCUUAUGGAUAUAAAAUUACAGAAAAUGCUUCAGACGCAGAUUUAUGGCUCCUGAAUAGCUGUACUGUAAAAAACCCAGCUGAAGACCACUUUAGAAACUCAAUUAAAAAAGCUCAAGAGGAAAAUAAGAAAAUAGUGCUAGCUGGAUGCGUUCCUCAAGCCCAGCCUCGUCAAGACUACCUUAAAGGACUGAGUAUCAUAGGGGUUCAACAGAUAGAUCGAGUGGUAGAAGUGGUGGAGGAAACAAUUAAAGGUCACUCUGUGAGAUUGCUGGGUCAGAAAAAGGAUAAUGGAAAACGGUUGGGGGGAGCGCCAUUGGAUUUGCCAAAGAUUAGGAAGAAUCCACUGAUAGAAAUCAUUUCCAUCAACACUGGGUGUCUCAACGCUUGUACCUACUGCAAAACUAAACAUGCCAGAGGAAAUUUGGCCAGUUAUCCAAUUGAUGAACUAGUAGAUAGAGCCAAACAGUCUUUCCAAGAGGGUGUUUGUGAGAUAUGGUUGACCAGUGAAGACACAGGGGCUUAUGGCAGAGAUAUUGGCACCAGUCUCCCUGCACUGCUGUGGAAACUGGUUGAAGUGAUUCCUGAGGGAGCAAUGCUGAGGCUUGGCAUGACAAAUCCGCCUUAUAUUUUAGAGCAUCUGGAGGAAAUGGCAAAAAUCCUUAAUCAUCCCAGAGUCUAUGCUUUUCUGCACAUACCAGUCCAGUCGGCCUCUGACACUGUGCUCAUGGAAAUGAAAAGAGAAUACUGUGUGGCUGACUUCAAAAGAGUAGUGGAUUUUCUGAAAGAGAAAGUUCCUGGAAUAACUAUUGCUACAGAUAUUAUCUGUGGUUUUCCUGGAGAAACAAAUCAAGAUUUUCAAGAAACAGUGAAACUUGUUGAAGAGUACAAAUUUCCAAGCCUCUUUAUUAAUCAGUUUUACCCAAGACCAGGAACUCCUGCUGCAAAAAUGGAACAAGUUCCAGCACAAGUGAAAAAGCAAAGAACAAAAGAUCUUUCUCGAGUAUUUCAUUCUUACAAUCCAUAUGAUCACAAGGUUGGUGAAAGACAACAAGUGUUAGUAACAGAGGAAUCUUUUGAUUCCAAGUUUUAUGUUGCACAUAAUCGAUUCUAUGAGCAGGUUUUAGUGCCAAAGAACCCCACAUUCAUGGGGAAAAUGGUCGAAGUGGACAUUUAUGAAUCAGGGAAACAUUUUAUGAAAGGGCAGCCAGUGUCAGACGCCAAAGUAUACACGCCAUCCAUCAGCAAACCAUUAGCAAAAGGAGAAGUCUCAGGCUUAACAGAGGAAUUCAGAAGUAGGCUUGGAAAUCACCUGACUUCAACAUCCCGCCCCUCUGCUACGAUUCGGCGAGGCUCGGCGAGUUCCAGAAUGGUGCUACGAUUGCAAAGGCUGCAUCAAGACUGUGCACUGAGGAUGUCUGUGGGCCUGGCUCUGUUUGCCCUUCUUUGUGCUUUUUUUGUCAAGGUCUAUAAUUAAAACACAACUCAAUGAAGCAUCUGUGAAGAAGAAUACAUUUCUAAUUAAAAUCUUCAACAAGAAAGAAGGCAUCCACAUCAGUUCUCAAAGGGCAGUAAUUUAUACGGGUCUUACUGCCUCCUCUUCAGCCACACUUUUUAAUGAGGCUUACCCUGUCUCACAUUGAGUUGGACCCAUUGGUUAUUUGACCUAAAACCUAAUAACAGCUGCCAUAGCAUAUCUUUUCAAUUAAGCUCCUUUGGUUUAUUUUUAGCAAGAAAUGCAAGUGGUUGCAUUUUCUUUUUAUCUUCAAGCUUCAAGUCAGAACCUAAUUGUACAGCUGUUCAGAUCACCUUUCCCUGAUGUGGGAAGAAUUUUCAAUCUUUAAUAAGCAUUUUUAAAUGUAUCUUCCUCUUUAUGCUUUGGUUGGAGUCCCGAUGCUACAAACAUCUUAUUUUUCACAGCAGAUGUGUUCCUGAAAAGUUUCUAUAGAAACCUAUUUUUGGAACUUAAGUCCUUUUGGAAUGUGCAGGGAGAGUCUGCCAAUUAAAGGACUCUUGGCAACAGUUUGAGAAGUGUGAGGAAUCACCCACCUCUUUAGCACCUACAAACUUUCCAAAACUGCAUUUGCUAAAACAAGCUCUGCCCCUUUUCUGACAUUUUUCAUCGAUUACAUCAAAUGUUUUUAUGUCUCCCUGACAUCUUGGCCUUUACUGAAUGAAUGAGUUCUUUCACAAUAAAAGGAAUUGGCGUAAUAAGCAAGUCUUAUCACUAUCAGAAUUAAAUACAAGAUAUGGAUUUUAGAUAGAGAGAACUCAGGUGUCCUGUGGUUGCCAUAGGACUUUAUUCAUCUUCAAAUUCAUACCCCUUCUCAGCUCUACUUUUUGUCUCACAAUGUUUCAGCUUUUUAUGUGUCUUUUAAGGUACCCAAGUUAAAAUUUAAUUAUGUCAUCAGUUGGUGAGUUAAACCCAAAACUUUAACUACAUUUGUCCCAAUCUUGGUAUGUGCUUCUAAGCGGGACUCACAUCUAAAAUGUGCAGGAUAUGCCUGUGCCUCUUCGAGAGUCCUGCGGUGGAACGUCCCCUUGGGUGCACCCUGCACAUCUCAGCAGAAAGAGGGGGAAGUGUUGGCAGAAUAUAGAACCCUCCCGGGCCUUCCUUUCUUGAGAUACAUACACAGUCAUUUCUUUGUUAAUAAACAGAGUGGGUUCCAGUGUGCUACUUAUUUCAUCAAAACCUGGCAGAAGUGAAAAUACUACUUGAAGCCUAGAGUCACACUAUCUAAGACAUAAAAGCUUUACAUCCGUAACUGGUGGGAGACAGAAAGAUUUUUCUUUACUUUCUCCUUCUGACUCUUUUCCUCUCACCCCGUCAUCAGUUUCUUUCUUUCCCUCUAGCUCUCUCCUUUUCACUCCUCCACUCUCCUUCCUUCAUUUUCUCUUCCUGUAAGAGAAUGAUACACCUAGCCAUCCGACAUCCCCUCUGCCCUCUCACCAACCAUGAUGGGGAUUCUCAGGGACUGUUUGGACAGAACAGGAUUCUCGCCACUCUGCCCGACUGUUACUUAUCUGGUUAGGCUGCAACUUCACUCUGCUCUUUGGUGCAGAAGGUUAAAAGGCCACUGCCCUGCAGCAGGGAGCAGAUGAUCCAUGAUAUCAGUCACCAUAGCAGUGGCAGCAGUCUGGAAAUCCAGCUUGCUUUUUCCCAUGACCACCUGCUAGACAGAGGAAGGAGAGAAGAGUGUGAUGGACAGGAAUCUGAACGGGACUGAGCCUGGGAGCCGUGGGAGCAAAUGUGGUCAUCAGAAGUGCUGCCACCUUUCCAGCCCCUCUCCUUCCUGCCCAUAGUGUGACUGCAUAUCUCUCAACCCUUUGGAGUUAGGCCUGGCCAUGUGACCUGCUUUGGCCAAUGAAAUGGGAGUGGCAGGGUCAUGUCUGUCUUUGGGGCAAACAUGUGCUCUUCCCACUGCUGGGGUGAUUGUGGAUGCACACGUCAGGAGGAAGCCUCCCUCACUCAGCCUGAGUGUCCUAGUGAGUGUGACAAGCAAAGCCCCAUGCCAGCAUGUGCUAGGCGUAUGUCAAUGAGCAAGAGAGAAAUUUGGGUUAAGCCCCUGAGAUUUGGGAGUUGUUAACCACAGCAUAACCUAACCUCUUCUGACUCAGAGUCAGCCAUGAUGGGACAACUGACCUGCCGGUUGUAAACAUUUUGUACCUCAUAUUUUCUUUCUCUGUUUGCCCUUAGUACCGAAGUUUUUUUGUAUUUUGAAAUGUGACCCUCUCUGCUAAAA